AUGCACAUGAGCCAGCCAUCCUCUGGGUGCAAUACCUGGGUCAAUGACUUAGUCUGCCUUCACAAGUCUCUCCAACCUUCGAGCUUGAACAUUCAUAACUCUCAACACCCAACACACUUAGAAGAUGUCCUGAUGAGCACCAACCCCAAUGACUAUGCAACUCAUGAUUACCUGGAUUUUGUUCAUAUGGCAUUUGACAUGUGGGGGCCAACCACAGAUGACUUCAAGGGUGCACCUAAAACAUUUGGACUUGGCCCAAUGUUUAUGGACAAAUUUAAUGGUGACCAGUUCAGCAACCUACAGGCAUCAAAUCUAUACUACCCCUUCAACUCCCACAAUGAAUGGGAGCUGGCAUCAUGGUUACUUCAUUCAGGCCUGAGCAUGAGAGCUAUAGACUCUGUCUUGUCAUUGUCAAUCAUAAGCCUGUCCCUGUUCUCUCUGAAGAUCAUUAUUGACAUGCACCAGAUACAGCUACAAAAUAUUUCCUUUCAUACAGCCAGAGCACUUCGUGGGCUGGCUGAGCUACUCCCUGGUGGGCCAUGCUGGCACUCAAUGGAGAUUACUCCUUCACAGCCAACCAAACACCCUGUGCACAUCAUCCAUGAACCAUGGAUACAAGUUAGCUCUCCUCAGAGCCUUGGUUAUGUUACAAAUAUUAUCUUCGAGUCCUUCAGAGAUACAUUUACCUCCAUAGCUCCCAGGUCCCUGAUUGUCCCUCUGAAAGUGAUUCCCGCAUGUGUCCAUAGCUAUUCUGCCUCCUUCAACCAGGGUAGCUUGUCAGAGGACAGCCUGGUCAGCCUAUAUGAUGAUGAUAGAAAGUGCUGGAACUGGGAGCUUCAUCCACCCCCAGGCUCUGAUUCACCUCCCGAGCAACCCAGGCCACUUGCCUCAGAGCUGCUGGUAGAAUCAGAAAAGCUCUGCUUUGAAAAGCAAGUUGCUCUGUUUCUCAAUGCUAUCGGAACCACUGCCAAAUCCACGAUGCCCAGUCUAUCCAGCAAACCCCAGUGUCAAUGGAUGGCGGACUGGAGCAGAACCAGCUCACGAGGUUCUACAGGUUAUUCCUGA